GGCAACGAGAGCACCGUUGCUGGGUGCGGCCUGUCUUCUUGGCGCGAAAACAGGAAGGCCUGUACCACACAGCCAUGCGUCGAAUGCGGGAAGGCGACCAGCAGUUUUUUUUUAAGUUUUACCGCAUGUCACCCGCGCUGUUCGACGAGUUGCUGGGCUUUGUUGCUGCGGACUUGACACGGCAGCACUUCAUACGAGAGCCCCAGGAGCCAGGCGAAAAGCUUGCAAUAACCUUGAGCUACCUCGCUUCAGGGCUGGACAUCUGCAACGUGGCCCUCGCCUACCGUGUCGGCAUUGAAACUGACCGGAGAAGCAUUCACGUGACCUGUAGAGCCAGUUUGGCUCGCCUGAAGGACCACUUUAUGAAGGUACCAACCAAGGCUGAAUGGGCCAAGAUUGCUGGCGACUUCACCCGGCGUUGGCAGUUCCCAAACUGUUUGGGGGCUGUUGACGGGAAGCACGUCGCCAUCACCUGCCCGCCUAAAUCUGGAAGUGCCUUCUUCAAUUACAAGGGUACUUUCUCCAUUGUGCUGAUGGCCGUGGUCGACAGCUCUUCGAAGUUCGUGCUGGUCGAUAUUGGGGCAGAGGGCCGCCAGAGUGACGGCGGAGUGUUCAAGAACACGAAGUUUGGGAAGGCCCUAACGGAAGGGCAGCUUGACAUCCCCUCACUGGGGCAGCUCCCAGGCACCACAAAGGUGGCGCCGUACGCUUUCGUCGGGGAUGAAGGGUUCCAGCUGCGGCGCGACUUUAUGCGCCCUUUCCCUGCUAGACUCCUUGAAGAUGAACGAAGAGUGUUCAAUUACAGACUAAGCCGAGCACGGAGGUGUGCUGAAAACGCCUUCGGCAUCACAGCGGCCAGGUGGCGCAUACUGCUCCGCACCAUUCAGCUUCUCCCCAAGAAUGUGGAUUAUGUAGUGAAGGCAGCAUGUGUACUGCAUAAUUUCUUAGCGGUCCUAAAUGAGGAAUUGGACCAGAUCCUCGACCAAGAGGACAGGUUCGGAAAUGUGGUUCCAGGACGGUGGAGGCAGGGCAUCCAGCAGACGUCGGGACAGGGGCAUGUGGACCCCUGCUAUUUCUCGCUUCAGGGAUCCCAGUCACGGAACUUCAGUGCAGAUGCUGCGGAUGCCAGGACGCUUUUCUCGGCCUACUUUUGCAGCAGCGCUGGAGAGGUAACAUGGCAGUGGCACCAGCCCGGAGUCUCCAAACAAGGGGCCCUGAAGCGCUUGGAAGAGCAGGGGCUGCACCCAUUUUGCUGAAGGUAAACUUCUCCUUUAAUAGCAAAGACACCCUGAAUCAUGUUUAGCCAUGUAAUGUUGGCCCACUCAUAUUGCACCAUGCCUCAUAAUGCAACAUGCCUCAUUCUCUAUGCCCACGCUUUGUCAGCUCUAAGGACAAGAAGCACCACACUUCAACUACUGUUAAAUUGCCGGAUCACUUCCAGAAUCUUCAUGCGCAUGCGCAAGUGGUCUUCCUCUUUUACUUUUCUCAUUGAUUUCACGAGCGACAAUGCAAAAUAAUGAUCGUCGUCCUGGUCCUCUAGACU